AUGAAAACUCAAAGAAAGAGUUUGAUUAAAGAAAUUUAAGCUCACUGUCCUCUUACUCUCAAGUAAGCUAGCUAAUUCUAUCAAGCGAACCAGUUGGAAUAGUGUAACCCCUAUGUAACAAGUUGUAUACAAAACCAUUGAGUGAUUGGAAAAAUGUGGAAGCCUUUAUUAAGUGGAGAAAUAUGAAAUGCGAGAAAAGUUUAGCAUUAUUGUAUAGUACAAAAAAGAAUUGCAGAAUUGAUUUACCGAUUCCUUAAGUUAAAAAGUAAUCAGAUAAUAAUUCUACUAAAUCUAUUGAUGUAAUCAUUCCUUAUUAAUAAUAAGAAAAAAAAUAGAACAAGGGAUAUAAUUUAACAUUGUUAAAUGAAUAAAACAAAAUAAUAUGAAUACAUUGAUACAUCUUUAAAUAAAAUGUAUUAAAUAUAGGACAAAUCUGCAUAAGAGUAUUAGAGUUAUCUAAGUAAGCAUUUAGAGGACUCAAGAGCAAUGAGUAAAGCUAUUUCAUUUAACCUAUAAAGCCAGUCUCGUUUUUAAUUGUUUCAUAAGCUUAGAAAUAUGUAAUAAUUUUCUGUUUACACAAUAAAGGAACAAGAACGUUCUUAACCAAUUAAGUUAACAACCUGAAUAAAUUUAAAGCAAGUAGGAGGACUCAAAAAUGAUAAAGAUUGAGGUAAUCAAAAUAAUCAUCAAGUAGACUACUCUACGAAGCACAGAUGAACAAAGCAAUUUAGAUACAUCUCCAAUUACUUAAUGUGAGGAUGGGUAGAACCAUAGGAUAAAAAACAAACUAAAAUCAUUGAUUGGGCCUAUCCAAAAACGGUCAACCACAAAAAAUAGAUAGUUAACUUUACCUUACUUUUCGAAAAAUCAAUUAAAUAUUAAACCGAGUCAUUUUUUUGUGACAAAUCAAGAUUGUGAAAUUAAUCAAUCUUUAGAUAAUAACAGUAACAUCAACUCAUUAAUACGAAAUAAAUCAUCUAUGUUUAGUCGAGAAAUGAAGAGAAUUCGAAUUUAAACUGAAUGUUGA